AUGGUGCCCUCGCUGUAUAUCAACGCCCAGGACCUUGUUUAUGAGAAGGAGAUUGCUGAGAUGCAAGAUCUCAUGUGUUGCUGUUGGGCCCAGGACAUCAUCAACGCCCUCAACAUUGUUGCAGGUGUGUGUACCCCUGAGAAGCGCAUCAAUGACUUGGGCGACAACUCUGGCAGCAUGACACGUGGAUUGUUGUCCAGAUCCAAUGCAUUGUCCAUCAAUGUCUGGCUGACUGCCCAUGGGUAUGGCAUGGCCCAACUGCCACUGCAUGACAGUGAUGUCUAUGUUGUUAUCAGCAACAUCUCUGGAGCCAAUUGGCUGUGGGAGCUCAACCACUCAGUGGCAUGCAAAGCCACCAUGAUCCACAAUGUGCUCAUGCACAAUCUCAUGACGACCCACAAUGGCUAUGAGGUGCACAUGUCUGGCCUCAAGGUGAGCAUGGGCACUGGCACCUUCUGCAUUGCCUUCCACCAGGUGAUUGAUGCUGUGGCCUGGUGCUCCAGUGCACAGCAUGCCCUUGUUGUCACUGACUGGCCCGCCAGGUUGCUGUGCAUCAAUGGCGCACACACCAAGUAUGGCAACUUGUCCAAUGAACACUUUGUCUACUGUGGACUGCAUGUGCACAUGGGUGUGCAUGUUGGCCUGGUGUGUUGCAUCAUGGACCCCAAGAUGUGCUGUGUUGAGUAUGUUGGUCUGGCGGUGAAGGGAGCCAUGGCCAUCGUGCACAUGUUGUCAGGCGGUCAGGUGCUUGUGUUGCCUGACGUCAAGGCUGAGCUUGCUGACCUGCCUGAUGAGAUUGGGCGGAUGCAUCCCCUUUGGAUCCAACACAUGGGCAACAUUGAUCUUGAGCAAGCAGCGCCUGAGGGGAUCGCCUACCAGCUGAUUGUGAACUUGCUUGAGAUGUGCACCAAGAAUCAUGUGUGGUUCAAUGAAGAUGGUGACAAUGACUGUGACGUGCUCCAGCUUCCUGCUGAGGACAUGAGCCUGCUGGUGUUGGCCAACAAGUGCUGGUGGUUUAUUGACCUGCAUGAGAUUGAGACCAGCAAGAUGAUUGGAUGUGGGACGAGUGCUGUUGUCUACAGGGGCCUGUGGAGCAAGUUGAUGCUGGUUGCUGUCAAGAUCUUCAACUGGUUGAAAAUGACUGAGGAGCAGGCACUCCAAUUCCAAGUUGAGGUGGCCACUCUCACUGAGCUCUCACAUCCCAACAUCCUGCUCUUCAUCAGCGCCACCAUCAGUGACAAGCACCUCUUGCUCAUCACUGAGUUUGUGCCCUGCGGCAGCCUCGCUGGUGUGCUUGCCAACACCUCUGAGUACCCACUCAUGUUCACCCAGUGCAUGCACAUGGCCUAUGGCGCUGCACAUGGUGUGUGCUACCUCCACUUGCUUGAUCUGCUGCUGCUCCACCAUGAUCUCAAGUUGUUGAACCUGCUUGUGGAUGACUGCCUCACUGUCAAGGUGGCUGACUUUGGCUUUGUGUGUAUCAAGGAGAACAAUGCCACCAUGACCAACUGUGGCAUGCCUGUGUGGAGCGCGCCUGAGGUGAUCCAGGGCCUUGACUACAGCACGCAGGCCAAUGUCUAUUUGUUUGGUGUCAUCCUGUGGGAGAUUCUCAUGUGCAAGGUGCCAUAUGCCAAUGAGCCAUUCAUGUGCAUGGUCAUGUCCAUCAUUGAAGGCAAGCGCCCACACAUCACAUUGGAUUGUCCUGAAGCACUGCACUGA